UAUAUAUGUAUUAAUAAAAUCUCAAAUUUGGGAGAGAAGAAGAAGAAGAAGUCAAAAAGUACUACUAAAAAUGCCUCCGGGAAGGUUAUGUAACGGAGAUGGCUGGAUCUUGACGGCAAUGGUUGCGUCGGAGAUUUCUAACGUCGGAGUAAACCUUCUUGUCAAAGCAGCAACUUCCAAAGGACUUAGCCCAUUUGUGGUUCUUGUCUAUUCCUACACUUUUGGAUAUCUUCUUCUUCUUCCUCUUACCUUCUUCUCCUUGAGGUUCCUCUUCACAUUCUCACGACUCUGUUUCAAGUUUUUGAUAAGUAUUUGCUCUUACAUAUAUAACAAGACCCCUCUACAGAACAAGAUCUCUCCCUCCGUUGACGUUUUCGAUCCUAUGCAACAUGGGGAUUCUUGGUCUAAUUGCAACAGAAGUGCGUUUCAAAUCGCAGGCUACAAUGGGAUCAAAUACAGCUCGCCGACUCUAUCUUCGGCCAUGAGCAAUGUCAAUCCUGCUUUUACCUUCAUCCUCGCCGUUAUUUUCCGAAUGGAGAAUAUAUCUCUAAGGGAAAAAAGUAGCGUAGCCAAAGUGUUGGGAACACUAAUGUCUAUAAUAGGUGCACUUGUUGUUACUCUUUACCAUGGUCCAAAGUUAAUGUCUUCACAUUCCGACUGGGCCAUCGGCGGUGGCCUUCUUGCUCUUCAAUACAUCCUUAUAUCCGUCUCUUACCUUGUUAUGGCUCACACAAUGAGCCGGUAUCCAUCUGCGGUCGUUGUGACGCUCGUGCACAAUGUUUGCAUUGUUGUUGUGUGUGCAUUUGUUAGUCUUUUCGCGGAGAAGGACAAUCCAAAGGCAUGGAUCGUAAGAUUUGACACAAAUUUGAUUAGCGUUGUAGCAAUGGGAACUUUGAAUUCGGGAAACUAUGUUAUACAUACUUGGGCUGUGAGUCAUAAGGGACCUGUGUAUUUGUCAAUGUUCAAACCGUUAUCAAUACUGAUCGCAGCCGCAUCAACUUUCAUUUUCCUCGGCGAGUCAGUCUACCUUGGAAGUGUGAUAGGAGGAAUAUUUAUAUCAAUGGGAUUUUACAUGGUGUUGUGGGGUAAAGCCAAGGAAGACAAAGUGGACAUUUUAGGAACCAUGGAGUCGUCGUCUCCUUCACAUAAACUCAAGGAAGACAAAGUGGACAUUUUAAGAACCAUGGAGUCGUCGUCUUCUUCACAUAAAGCUCCUCUCUUGGUUAAUUAAAAGCAACCCAUAUUUAAUAUUCAGUUUAAAAUUUUAUAAGUGAUAUUUUAGAAAGUUUGAUGAUAUAUUGAUAUGUGUCAUCCAUUUUACAACUUUGGGGGCUGUACAUGAUUCAGAAUCAGAUCAUACCCUGAAUAAAUAACCGUAAUCUUCUUCUACAA